UUUCCUCUCGCUAUUCCUCACUCAAUUAACCAAACAAAAACAGAAUCUUCCUAUCGACCCCAGAAAGGAUGUUGAGGCUACUGGCAUCCGAGAGAUUAUUGCUUUCCCAAAGAACUCGGAUCCUGCCACGUUUCUACCACGAGAAGGUGAUUGAUCACUUCAACAAUCCACGCAACGUAGGGUCUUUUGACAAGAAUGAUCCGGCGGUCGGCACUGGACUUGUCGGUGCACCUGCCUGUGGUGAUGUGAUGAAGCUGCAAAUUAAGGUUGAUGAUACCACUGGCGAGAUUAUCGAUGCUCGUUUCAAAACUUUCGGUUGUGGCUCCGCUAUUGCUUCCUCCUCUGUUGCUACUGAAUGGGUGAAAGGGAAGCAAAUGGAGGAAGUGAUGACCAUAAAAAACACGGAGAUUGCAAAACAUCUUUCUCUUCCACCAGUUAAGCUGCACUGCAGCAUGCUUGCAGAGGAUGCUAUCAAGGCUGCUGUAAAGGAUUAUCAAACCAAGCGUGCAAAAUUAAGUGGUGUUUCAGAAACCGAACCUGUCGAGCAAGCUGCUCAAGCUUGAUCGUGUGCAUGAGUAAUGGUGUUGAAAAUAUCAUGAGUAAUGAUCUCAAAGGUACUUUUGCUUGGGUUCAAGUCUUUCCUAGAUGAUACUUGUCGUAAUGGCAGCGUGAUGCUGAUGUGUGUUGACUCAUAUAAGAUAGAGUUAAAACUUUAUGAUAACAUUGAUAACUAAGUAGUUGCUUGGGCAAUAUGAUAUUGAUAAUGUUAUUAAACUCA